AUGGCAUCAAGAUUUCCAAAGUUCAGCCAAGGCUUGGCCCAGGACCCAACUACUCGUCGUAUUUGGUUUGGUAUUUCUACUGCACAUGACUUUGAGAGUCAUGAUGAUAUUACCGAAGAGCAUCUUUAUCAAAAGAUUUUUGCUUCUCACUUUGCUUGGCAAGGCAAUUUCGAAGCAUGGGUCCGUGACCCCUUACAUGUAAGACCUAUUGCUCAUGCAAUUUGGGAUCCUCAUUUUGGUCAACCGGCUGUAGAAGCCUUUACCCGAGGAGGUGCCCCCGGUCCGGUCAAUAUUGCUUAUUCUGGUGUUUAUCAGUGGUGGUAUACAAUUGGCUUACGCACUAAUGAAGAUCUUUAUACUGGAGCUCUUUUCUUGCUAUUUCUUUCUGCUCUCUUUUUAACAGCGGGUUGGUUGCAUCUACAACCUCAAUGGAAACCAAGUGUUUCAUGGUUUAAAAAUGCCGAAUCUCGUCUCAAUCAUCAUUUGUCAGGGCUUUUCGGAGUCAGUUCUUUGGCUUGGACGGGGCAUUUAGUUCAUGUCGCUAUUCCUAAAUCAAGAGGAGAACACAUAAGAUGGGAUAAUUUUUUAGAUGUAUUACCGCAUCCCGAAGGGUUGGAACCACUUUUUACAGAACCAACUUUGGGAUUGGACACAGUAUAA